AUGAAAGAACACACUACAGGAAUAUCGAUAAAUGGGAAACAGUUUCACUCCAUCCGCUUUGCAGAUGAUAUAGCUCUCCUAGCUGACAGCGAGGAAGAAAUGAGUUUGAUGCUUCAUAUACUUGAAUCAUCUCUAGAUAAGUUCUAACUAAAAAUUAACUACAAAAAAAAAAAGUUAUGGUUAUAAGUAAAGUUAUAACAAAUACUAACAUUACACGCUUAACAAUGAACAAUUACAACAAGUAAACGAAUUCUGCUCCUUAGGUAACUUGAUAACUGAUGACAACAAAUCUACGAAGGAAAUAAGAAGACGAAUUACAUUAGCAAAACACGCUUUUGAGAAAAAAAGGACACUUCUUACUAAUAAACAUCUAAGUAUAAGAUCAAGAAAGAAAUUCGUUUGGAGUAUAUUACUAUAUUGUUGUGAAUCUUGGACAAUAGGAAAGUAUGAAAAAGAUAGACUAGAGGCUAUCGAAAUGUGGAUGUGGAGGAAAAUGACUAGAACAAGCUGGAUAGAACAUAAGACGAAUGAAGAAGUGCUGAACGAGAUCAAUGAAGAAAGAACAAUAAUGAACACAAUAAUGAAAAGAACAAUAAAGCUAAUUGGACAUCUACUUAGAAAUAAUGAGUUUAUUACUAUCAUUAUGGAAGGAAAAAUAGAGGGAAAAAGAUCCAGAGGAAGACCGCGUAAAUCCUUCUUUGAAGAAAUCUUCAGACGAAUGGGUGUUACCUCUUACCAAAAUCUCAAGAGGACAGCAUUUGACAGACAUGUAUGGCUACAACAACAAGGCUUAGCCUUUAGAAGCUGA